AUGCGAGCCUCAGUUGUGUCGGCCGCAUUCGCUGCCAUUGGCAGUGUUUCUGCUCUUCCCCAGGAGGUCCCCAACAGCAAGAUCGUUCCAGCCCUUCCCCUCGAUGUUUUCAACACGCCUCGUGUCGUGUAUCCUGUUCCCUUUGUAGCCGCCCACGAAAAGUUCGAGAGUGCCAAUGUCACCGGAGCCCAAGGUCCUGAUCUGCUUGGUGUCGCAGAUGCCAUCAACCACGUUGUAGAAGACCUGAACCGGGUCGGAGGAGACAUAUCGAGACUCAUCGGUUCCGACGUCCUCCAUCUGCGCUCGGUGCCCGAGGACGGAGAAAAUGCGGCUAGAGUGGAGAAGCGCGCAACCUGUAGCAACGUGCGCGUGCGUACUGAAUGGGACUCGUACUCCAACGCUCGCCGGCAAGGCUUUGUCAAUGCCAUCAAGUGCUUGAUGAGCAGAAGACCCAACGGCCAGUUCCGCAACUCCAGAAGUCGUUAUGAGGAUCUCGUUGCGCUUCAUCAGCAAUUGACACCCAACAUUCACGGCAAUGCCAAGUUCUUGGUCUGGCACAGGUACUUUGUGUGGACCUUUGAGGACAUGCUCCGCACAGAGUGUGGCUUCAACGAUGCGAUGCCCUGGUUUGAUGAGACCAGAUAUGCCGGCCGCUUCCAACAGUCCUCCAUCUUCUCCAACGAAUGGUUCGGCAGCGCCAACGUCGGAGGCCGCUGCGUCACCAACGGCGUAAGUACUUGGUCCAUUCGUUGCCCAAUUGCCAAAACACUGACAUGA